AGAGGGAGAGGCUGUCCCUCCUAUAGGCUGGAAGAACGCUCAACUGGCCCAGCAGUUAGAGGAGAGGGAGAGGCUGUCCCUCCUAUAGGCUGGAAGAACGCUCAACUGGCCCAGCAGUUAGAGGAGAGGGAGAGGAGGAUGAAGAGCCACCUGGACAUCGCUUCUAAAGGUCCACUGAGGCAGACCUUCACCCACAACCCUCUACAGCAGUCAACACCUUCCAUUACAGCAACAACAACAGCAACCGAGGCAGCCAAAGCAAAACAAACGGCCCCGGCAACCGGUGGUAAGAAGAGAGAGACCAUGGGAGGAGACUAUUGAAGAAGAGUGACAGACAGUUUGAAAGCCCAAUGAAUCAUGUGUACAUAUUCAUUGAGGGGGAUUGGUAGAGGACGUGCGCACGGAGGGUUUAUCGUUUAUAAAUGUAAUAUUAUAAAUAAAGAGCUAACUUCUGUUG